GAGUCCGUCAGUGUACCAUCGGCCCGGCCAGGAAGGUGCCGCUCUCUCCCGCCGCUGGUCGUCUCGCCUGCUCCAUCCCAUCCUGCUUUGCGGCUCAGGGGCAAGAUGGCUGCUGAGAAGCAGAUCCCGGGUGGUAGUAGUGGUGGUGGUGGAAGCGGCGGCAGCGGCGGCGGAGGGAGCGGUGGUGGACGCAGUGCCGGAGGAGACGAGAAUAAAGAAAACGAACGCCCUUCAGCCGGAUCGAAGGCGAACAAAGAGUUCGGGGACAGCCUGAGUCUGGAGAUUCUGCAGAUCAUUAAGGAGUCCCAGCAGCAGCAUGGCUUACGGCACGGAGACUUCCAGCGGUACAGGGGCUACUGUUCUCGAAGACAAAGACGUCUCCGGAAAACACUCAACUUUAAGAUGGGGAACAGACACAAAUUCACCGGGAAGAAAGUGACUGAGGAGCUUCUGACUGAUAACAGAUAUCUGCUGCUCGUCCUGAUGGAUGCUGAGCGAGCCUGGAGCUACGCCAUGCAGCUCAAACAGGAAGCCAACACCGAGCCCCGGAAGCGCUUUCACUUGCUGUCUCGCCUUCGCAAGGCUGUGAAGCAUGCCGAGGAACUGGAACGCUUGUGUGAGAGCAGCCGAGUGGACGCCAAGACCAAGCUCGAGGCUCAGGCUUACACCGCUUACCUCUCAGGAAUGCUACGCUUUGAGCACCAAGAGUGGAAAACUGCCAUGGAGGCUUUUAACAAGUGCAAAACUAUCUAUGAGAAGCUAGCCAGUGCAUUCACAGAGGAGCAGGCUGUGCUGUACAACCAGCGUGUAGAGGAGAUCUCACCCAACAUUCGCUACUGUGCAUACAACAUUGGGGACCAGUCAGCUAUCAAUGAGCUCAUGCAGAUGAGACUGAGAUCUGGGGGCACAGAGGGGCUCCUUGCUGAAAAACUUGAGGCCUUGAUCACUCAGACUCGAGCCAAGCAGGCAGCGACCAUGAGUGAGGUGGAGUGGAGGGGCAGGACGGUUCCUGUGAAGAUUGACAAAGUGAGGAUCUUCUUACUGGGCCUGGCUGAUAACGAAGCCGCUAUUGUCCAGGCUGAAAGUGAAGAAACGAAGGAGCGUCUGUUCGAGUCCAUGCUCAGUGAGUGCCGAGAUGCCCUCCAGGCUGUGAGGGAGGAGCUCAAGCCUGAUCAGAAACAAAGAGAUUAUACCCUUGAUGGAGAGUCAGGGAAGGUAUCGAAUCUCCAGUACCUGCACAGCUACCUGACCUACAUCAAGUUGUCCACAGCAAUCAGGCGAAAUGAGAGCAUGGCUAAAGGCUUGCACAGGGCUCUGCUGCAGCAGCAGCCAGAAGAUGACAGCAAGCGCUCUCCCAGGCCUCAGGACCUCAUCCGGCUCUAUGACAUCAUUCUGCAGAAUCUGGUGGAAUUGCUGCAGCUUCCUGGCUUAGAGGAGGACAGAACCUUCCAGAAAGAGAUAGGUCUCAAGACCUUGGUGUUCAAAGCUUACAGGUGUUUCUUCAUUGCUCAGUCCUAUGUGCUGGUGAAGAAGUGGAGCGAAGCCCUCGUCCUGUAUGACAGAGUUCUCAAAUAUGCAAAUGAAGUGAGUUCUCAUGGUGGAGCCUUCAAGAACAGCCUGAAGGACCUGCCUGACGUGCAAGAGCUCACCACUCAAGUGCGGUCAGAGAAGUGCUCCCUGCAGGCCGCAGCCAUCCUAGAUGCAAACGACUCCCAUCAAACAGACACCUCCUCCCAAGUCAGAGACAAUACGCCUCUGGUUGAACGGUUUGAGACCUUCUGCCUGGACCCUUCCCUCGUCACCAAGCAAGCCAACCUCGUGCACUUCCCGCCGGGAUUCCAGCCUAUCCCUUGCAAGCCUUUGUUCUUUGACCUGGCCCUCAACCAUGUGGCCUUCCCACCCCUUGAGGACAAAUUGGAGCAGAAAACCAAGAGCGGCCUCACAGGCUACAUCAAGGGCAUCUUUGGUUUCAGGAGCUAACCAGGCUCUUCCUCAGGGGCAGGGAGGACCUGACUUACUCUGUACUGAGACAGACCCGGCAAGUUCCAUGGCAUUAAAUCCAGUUCUGCAUUGGCUGGGGCAGAUCUCAGCACCCUCAGCCCAAAGGCCAUUCAUCUUGUGUGUUUGUGACUUACUUCUGUAGCCUGUCAUCUUCUGGGCCCAGCGUCAGGGUCUCAGUGUCCCCUGUGCCUCCUGGGGACUGCUGCUGUCCUGCCCUUGUAAGCCAUGGCUGAUCACUUUUGGUCAAUAUAUGUUUGAGGUCCACACCAGGCUUGGGGGGCUUGGGAGUGUUUGUCAUGUGUCCUCAGUCCCCUGGAUUUGAAACGACCUCCUUACUGUGAGCGUCCAGAGUCUCCUGAAGUUUGUCAAUGACUGAAACACGGGCAGUGUCACCCAGAGUUGUGGUCAGCCUUACCCCUUCCGAGAACAUGCAGAGUGCUCUAUUUUUAACUAUGUUACACUCGUAAAUGACGAAACCAAAUCUUGUAUUAAAAGGCAAAGGUGAUGGA